AUUUAAAAAAAAAUUUAGUAUAAAAGUUGGCAUAAAUUUGUUAACUAAUUCAGAAUCAAAACAAAUAGCGUUCAUUGAACAACAGUUUGAGUUCAACUUUAAUAGUUUUUUCAAUUUCCAACUUCUUCUCCUUUAAAUCCUUUCAACAACAUGAAGUUCGUAAUUGCCGUAGUCAUGUUGGCCCUUGCUGCCGGUGUUCAAUCAUCUUUGAUUGGUGCUCAUGCUCCUGGUGUAUCGUAUGUCACCGCUGCCUUACAUCCAGCUGGUCCUUUGGGAUGGGGUGGUCAUGCCGCUGUUGAUCACAGUGCCUGGGGUGGUCCAUUGUUAGCACCCUUAGGCGGUCAUGGUCUUUGGGGAGGUAUUCCCGGCAUCUCUCUAGCUCAAGGACCUGCUAUUGGUCAUCUUGGUCUUGGUCAUGCUGGUCUUGGAUUGGGACAUGCUGGUCUUGGACUUGGUCAUGCUGGUCUUGGUCUCGCCCAUGGUGUUCAUGGACCUGGUGUUUAUGUAGCUAAGACUCGUGGUGCUGUGCAUACAGCUCCUUUGGCUGGUCAUCUUGCUUCUGCCACUUCAUUGAAUGUGGCCCCAGCUCCUGGUACGCAUUAAGUCAACAAAUCCAACUCGUUCAUAGGCACUACAGCUAUCGUUUAAUAAUCCAACAAUCUGAUGACACCAAGAUGCCAAACUAGUUAUAAGUUAAUUAAAAAUUUGUUACACUCUUCU